UUCCUUUACUCGAGUUUCGGUCAAGCGAUGCCAAAGUCUGAGAUCCAGCCAGAAUUUCUAGCACUUCUGGAGAAUCAUACGGUCAUUCAAGGUCGUGACGUCUCCUUCACCUGCGUCGUUAAUCAUCUUCAAUCUUACAAGGUAAUUGCAUUCACGUGUUGUAGGUGUAAUUAGUAAGUCGAUUAGGGGCAACGGAAGGGGGGGUUUACGAAAUCGUAAGUGGCUUAACUCGUGCUUUCGUAAAUAGCCUUCGUAGACCCUUGUAAUCCUGGUGAUCGCGUAAAAUCGAACAAUGGUAGCCAAAAUAUAUAUUAUUAUUUAUUAUUUUACCUUAGGUUUCCUUUCUUAAAUACCCUUCGACCCUUGUAAUCCUGAUGAUCGCGUAAAAUCGAACAACGGUUAGUCAAAAUAUAUAUUAUUACUUACAUAUUAUUUAUCAUCUUACCUAGGUUUCCUUUCUUAAAUAGCCUUCGACCCUUGUAAUCCUGAUGAUCGUGUAAAAUCGAACAAUGGUUAGUCAAAAUAUAUAUUAUUACUUACAUAUUAUUUAUCAUCUUACCUAGGUUUCCUUUCUUAAAUAGCCUUCGACCCUUGUAAUCCUGAUGAUCGUGUAAAAUCAAACAAUGGUUAGUCAAAAUAUAUAUUAUUACUUGCAUAUUAUUUAUCAUCUUACCUAGGUUUCCUUUCUUAAAUAGCCUUCGACCCUUGUAAUCCUGAUGAUCGUGUAAAAUGGAACAAUGGUUAGUUAUUUUGCCAGGAUAUACAUUAUUAUUUACGUUUUAUCUAGAUUCUUUUUCUUUUUUCUCUCUCUUUUUUACGUAAUUAUCUCGCGAGAGGGGAUAUAUACGAUCGAAGCGCACACAUGUGGCGUCGAUUAUGACAAAGCACGUAGGUUUGCACUUUCGUCGAUCCACACCCACAGUUCCGUCCAAAGCCCCUUGCGGGACAGACCUGCCGAGUAAUUCACUUUCGAGAAGAAGUCCAAGUUUGAUUGCGCGCUCGAAUCGACAAUCGCUUCUAUCGCGAGAUGAAACGCUCUUGGCGCGUGUUCAGAGGAUUUCGUCCUCUGCCCGGAUUCGAGGGAUGGAAAGGGACGCAAGAGUGGCGGAAAGAAAAAGAAGAAGGUGGCGAAGAAGAAGAAGAAGAAGAAGAAGUAAGAGAAAAAGAAGGAGAAGGAGAAGGAGAAGAAAAAGGAGAACUUGAAAAAGUGGAAGCAUAGGGAAUCCGAAUGUUACGGCGAGUAUCCGGAGGAAAGAAAGGAAGCUCGAAAGAAGAGACAUAAAUCAGAGUCGCUAAUAUACCGUACAACAUGAAUGGGUCUGAUUUCUACCAGUCCAAUAGCAUCCUUUCCCCUUUCUCUUUCUUCCUCGAUAUUUCUUUCUGUUUCAAAAGUGGAACAACUCUGCGCGAUAUUUGGGGAUGAAGCGUUAAAAUGUAAAUAAUUUCUUCUAUAUCGAAAAUCUAUAUUCAUAUAUCGAGGAUUCGAGAUCUUUGGGAAAUUCAUUUUUCGAGAUUCGAGGAUAAUUAUUAUUCCAAACGAUGAUAUAAACGCGUCAUCAUCGAUCGAUAUUUAUUCCAUACUACGUGGAUGGAUAAAGCAUUUUCGUCGAUUCAAUGUCAUUCUAAACGCGUAUGAUAUAACAAAUGUUUUGGCGGACGGGAUUCGAUUGUUGGCGUGAAAAAUUUUUCCCAACAGGUAGAAUUAUUCCGGCGGGCGAACAGUCCAUCAGCGUUAUUUAUGCGCACCUUAAAUUCCAUUGCUGUUGGAUCAAAACGCCGCUUUUGUUCCAUGGAUUUAAAAGCCCUUUCACCCGUUCAAUAGAACCAUCGUUUGAAAUACGACAGAUCGAGCACGCAGGAAGUAUGUUCGUACCAAACGGGAUCAAGGGGGGAAGUGCGAUCACCGAUUGGAAUUUGAAUCCUGGAAUCCAAUAACAGUGUUCAUUCACUCGCGCCGGGAUCCUCAAGUAAAUAAUUACGUUUCUGCUAGAGAUAAACGUACAAAUGAAUUUUCAGACUUAUAUGCCGACCAAAUUGUGAUCGAUCCUCGUUUCGUAACGAUAAUUGGGAAAAUCGAGAUCUGUCUGUCUCGAGUUUUUACCGUUUUAUUGUUAUUAUUAUUAUUAUUAUUAAUUUUCUUUCUCUUCCAGCAUAGGUAAAGAGAUAUUCCUUUAAUUUCGACAUUGUUCGUUUCGAGGGUAAGAACAAAUGGGGAAUAAGAGUUGAAUUACGCUGUAAUACGAGUCUUUUUUUCUCCAGGUCCCUUUCCUUAUUGCGGUAUAAUAUUUACGUUCCAAGGCUUAACGGUCGCGUUUAUGUUCAGAAUUCAUGAAUGCAGAAGGAAAAUCGGAGGGAACAUUUUACAUCCGCGCAGGGAGAAACUCGUUCUCGUAUAUCGCUUAAAAAAUAUAUUUAAUUCUCUAAAUAUAUUUUUAUUUAUCGUAACAGUCUGGGAAGAUAAGUAAAUUUCUUUGUUUCCCCUUUUUCUAAUUUUUUUCCCCUCUCUCUUUCCCUUUUUUUUCCCCCCUCUCCAUUCACGUCCAACCAAGCAAACAAGUAAGCAAGCAGAAAAAUAGUUAACAGUUUACAUUCACAUCCGUCCAUAUUGGGAACAUUUAUCCGAUGAAAAUUUCCUUCUCUUGAAAUUUAUUAUUCAUAUCCUGGAAGGGUAAGAAAAAGGUAACAGAAAGGACUACUUUCGGCUUCUAACUUUAACUCCCUUAAUCAAGAAAGUAAUAUCUUUGGGCUUUAUUUCGAUAAACGAUCCACAACGAUCUCGAGCUAUCACUCUUCUCGAGUAAACUCGAGUUGGGGAACGCAUUAUUCUUCUACUCCUUCAUCCUUCACCCAUGGAAAACGAAACGAGUGUUACAAACGAGAACGUGUAUCUGUGCGGAUGCGGAUCCUCCUCCCUCUUAUUCUCGAGACAGGAGGACAAGGGGCAUCAUUCAUAACAAACUAAUUCUAAAACGGCGGUGUGUUAUAAAGGGUUGAACGGCGUCGCCUGGAUGAAGUCCGACUCCAAAGCUAUCCUGGCCAUUCAUACGCACAUGGUCGCUCAAAACCCACGGUUGUCUGUCACUCACAAUGGACAUAACACGUGGAAACUGCACGUGACCAACGUCCAACCGAACGACUCUGGCACGUACAUGUGUCAGGUUAAUACGGAUCCUAUGAGGAGUCAGACUGGCCACAUGACGGUCGUGAUACCGCCCGAUAUCAUGGAUUUGGACGACUCGGCCGACCUCCUAACUGCGAAAGAGAAGAGUGAUCUGCGAUUACGGUGUCGAGCCACCGGAACACCGAAACCGGUGGUCACUUGGCGGCGGGAAGACGGACGAAAUAUUACUCUUCGAACGGAGCACGGUGUUCAACCAGUAAAGUCGUACGAAGGGGAGCAACUGCAUCUGAAGGGUAUUCUGCGGCAGGAGAUGGGCUCUUACCUUUGCAUCGCGUCGAACGGCGUCCCGCCAACGGUCAGCAAACGAUAUUACGUGAACGUACGAUUUUUCCCGGACGCAGUUAAACCGCUGAUUAAAGUCUCGAACCAAUUAGUAGCGGCACCUGCUAACAGCGACGUCGUUCUUCAUUGCUACGUCGAGUCUUGGCCGAAAGCGCUAAAUACAUGGUACAGAGACGAUGGUAUGAAAUUAUUAUCGGACGAGAAACAUGAUCUAACGGAGAUUUCGUUGAAUGAUUAUUCGUAUCAGUUGAACCUGACCGUCAGGAGAUUGAGCAGGGACGAUUUCGGCAGCUACACCUGUUCCGCGGAGAAUUUGCUUGGCAAGGCUGAGGGAACGAUAAGAUUACAAGAGUUACAUUUAACGAGAACAACUUCGAUACCCAUCCGUCACAACACAGACUUCACGGAUAAAUACGGAUCGAAGAAGCAAAUGGACAGGAAGGGGAAGCACCAUGGAUACGGGCGGGAAGGUAGUUCAUUGUCGAAAAAUAUCGGGAAUAUGGGCCACGCAACGCCAGUAUUGAGGAGGAAUAUUUCGAACGCUUUGACGGAUGUUACAAUGAAAAAAUCGAAAGUUUCAUCAUAUCCGGCGCUGGCACCUGCGCCAGCGCAUUCCACACCGACCCAACUGAGCGUUCAGAAUAGCGUCACGUCGCUGCGACAACACUCGCGAUUAAACCGCGUAGGAUUAAUGUUCACUUUCCUAGUGAUAGUGAUCUGUAGCUCGUAAACGGUCGAUCGUUUCGAAUGUACGAAAGAGUACAAAUCACUUUUCAUCAUAGAGAUUAAACAGAAAUAAGAGGGGGGGAAGAACGAUAUCUCGAGAAGGAAACCCAACCUAUCCUAAGUAGCCUUCGUUACUUUUUAGGUUAGAUGAUUCAUGGUUCAGGUUCAUCGACGAUGUUUUUAUAUUUUUUAUCUCCGAGAGAUCGACGCUUCUAUCGUGUAGUAAAGUGUGCACGCACAAUCUUCGGGACUUCGUAGGUGUUGCACACACGUGCGUGAUCGUGUUAAAUCGUUUGUAUAUCGUUUUUUGUGGCGCAAAAAUAACGAACGGUUUUUAUGACAAUAACUAUAUACGCUGUAUACGAACGAUAUUAUAAAUCGUUGAUGAAACGCGAGCAGUUUUAUCCGUUUUGAUCAACGAUCGUUUUUAUCGAUUUAUAAUAUCCCGUUGUCGUUGCCAGAUGAUUACACGUGUAGGAAGCGCGGUACCUUUACCGAAAAAUCGAUGGAUAUUCGUUUUUGAAAGUCCGAUAUAUUGUCACACUGCCGAACACAAAUAAUUGUACAGUUAUUUUCGAAACACGAACGGAAAUGUUAAUUGUUUAUAUAUAUAUACGUAUUUUGUGCGUGUGCGUGUUGGAGGAACCGUUGUUCAACCGCUUUCCAGAAAUUCGUUCAGAAGAAUCGGUUGCUCAGGCAUGAAUGUGAUCGAACGGAACGAACGGAACAUGAUCCCAUUUUCGCAUUAAUCGAUCAUCGAUUCAUCAUCAACGUUCUCAUUAGCAACAAAUGAAUGUAUUGUUUCAAAUCAAUGUUAACGCCUGAGUUGUGUAUCCAUGUGUAUGUAUGUACGACAAUAAACGUUGUUUUUACCAA